AUGUCGUCGUGGGAGCCUGAUGAAACAUCUUUGAUGCAGAUAAUGUCUGUCAUUAUAGAUUCUAUGUCUCCUUUCCCGGAAAAGAGAUCCCAGGCCAUGGAGGUUCUAGAAACAUUCAAGCUCCACUCUGAACUCUGGAACUACUUGUGUUUUCUUCUGACACAGAUGAACUCAAACUCUUCGUUGAGUUCGCAGCUAGGUGCGAACGACAUUUUGAACUGCCGCGCUGCGGCCGGGAUGAUUUUAAAGAACUGUCUACUGCAAAACUCCAGAGAGGUUGACCUAAGCUACAUUAAGGAAAACAUUGCAACAGGCCUUCAAGCUGAUAGCCCUCUUGUUUCCAAUAUCACCGGUAUUGUUAUUACGACUCUUUUCUCGACAUACUUCAGAAAACACAGGGACGACCCAGCAGGCGUUGGCAUUUUAUCUCGCCUUUUGGAAUCGACAUCCCAUGGCAGCGAGGCCAGUGUGAAAGCACUAUCAAAAAUAAUGGAAGACAAUUCGCAGUUCUUUAUGCUAGAAUGGUCAAACGCUGUCAAGCCAAUGGAAACCUUGGUUGGUAGUUUUUUAGCGUUUAUGACCAGCGACUCCAGUGAGUUGAUCAGGGCAGAAUCAAUAAAGUGCUUAAACCAAGUCAUUCCGCUUCAAACCCAAAGCUUUAUUACCAGAAUAGACGAGUUUUUAAGCAACCUCUUCCAGCUGGCUCAAAAUGACAAGAGUGAACUUGUCAUUUCUCAAAUAUGUACCUCUCUAGUUGAAUUGCUAGAGUUCAGACCUGAUAAACUGAUAGAUCAUUUAAAUGGGAUAGUGCACUUUGUUUUAAGUGUUGUCAACACAGCACAGGAGGAGAAAGUUGCCUUGGAAGCAUGUGAGUUUCUGUUGGCAUUUGCAUCAAACACACAUAUUCCAGAAAACGCAGUAAAACCAUUUGUCGGUGACCUUGUCCCUACGUUGUUGUCCAAAAUGGUUUACAACGAGGAAGACAUUCUUAUAUUCGAGUCUUCAAACGAGACUGAUGCUGAUCUUGAAGAUAAAGACGAGGAUAUCAAACCCAUGAAUGCGAAGAUCAACAAAAAAAGAGACGGAUCUUAUGUUGAUGAAGACGAGGAUCCAGAUGAUGAUGGCGAUUUUGACACAAUUUGGAACCUUAGAAAGUGUUCUGCGGCAACACUCGACGUGGUUACCAGCAUUCUACCGAGAGACGUACUUCCCAUUGCGUUUCCAAUUUUGAGGGAACAUCUCUCAGCGGUAGAUUGGUAUGUUCGCGAAGCCACCAUCUUGGCCUUGGGGGCCAUGGCUGACGGUGGAAUGAAAUAUUUUUCAGAUCAACUUCCUGCUUUGAUUCCGUUCUUAGUACAAAAACUUAAAGAUCCAUGGGCUCCUGUGAGGACCAUAACCUGUUGGACUUUAAGUAGGUUCUCCACAUGGAUCCUUUCAGACAACACGCAAUUUCUUCUGCCAGUUUUUGAAGCGAUUAUGCUUGCUCUAAUGGACAAAAAAAAAAGUGUACAAGAGGCUGCCAUCAGUAGUGUUGCUGUAUUCAUCGAGAAUUGUGACACCGAACUCUUGGAAACCCUUCUUUACGGUGAACUGUUGAACAGAUUCAACCAAUGCUUUCAACUAUAUCAAAAGAAAAAUCUCAUUAUCUUGUAUGAUGCAGUAGGAAGGCUUGCUGAAAAGUGUGAAUUCGAGGAGACGGCCAUGAACUCAAUCCUGCCUCAUUUGAUAAACAAAUGGGCAUCGCUAUCAGACAAUGACAAAGAGCUUUGGCCGCUUUUAGAAUGUCUAUCUUACGUCGCGGCGUCACUUGGAGAGAAGUUUGCUCCCAUGGCGCCAGAAGUCUACAGCCGCGCUUAUAGGAUUCUCGUUCAGUGUGUCGAGCUAGAGGCUAGGUCUCAAAAUGAUCCCUCGGUUGAGGUGCCAGAGAAGGAUUUCGUUGUGACAUCUUUGGAUCUUAUCGACGGUUUAGUACAAGGACUAGGCCCUGCCAGCCAAGACUUGUUGUUCCCCGACGGCGAUAAGAGCACCUUGGGUGUUUUGGGCCAAUGUCUUCAAGACCCAGUUCAUGAAGUUAGGCAAAGCGGGUUUGCUCUUUUGGGCGAUAUCGCAUAUUUUUAUGACCCUUCUCUCUUAGGAGGCGCUUUGGUUGACUUUCUGAAAUACAUUAGCACUGAGCUAAUCCAUAACGACGACUCAGAUGCUACACCGACCAUAAACAACGCCGUGUGGGCCUUGGGGCUUAUAAGCGAACGCAUUGACCUUGCUGCCUUUAUGAUCGAUCUUUCACGAGUUGUGUUGGAUCUAUUCUGUGAUACAACAAGGAUCAUUCAUAGCUCUGUGGCGGAGAACCUCGCCAUAACUAUAGGUAGAAUGGCACGCUUUCAUGCGGAAGCAUUCACGAACGGGCCCUUUGCACAUGACGCAUGCUGGGCAAGAUGGUGUGAACAUGCCAUGAAUAUCGCGGACCCGGAUGAGAAAGCUGCUGCCUACGGCGGGUUUACUAAGGUUCUUAAUAUUACAGAAUCGACAAACACCAUGUCUUCGUCGUCCUUGCACAAAUUCAUUCGGGGAGUUUCUCGAGACGUUGACAUAUCCGAUUUUGCGGAAGAUCUCUACGCUUUUCUCAUGAAUCAUUCGGACACUCUACAGCUGCUGAAAUUGUCGCAAGAUGAGAUGAACUUUCUCGCACAGUUUAUGUGA